AUGAAGGACCCGGCUUGGAGGGCACGCAAACAGCAAAGGCCUCUGAAACCCUAUGCAGCACGGAGGUGGGCACCAACCAAGAGCAAACCGCAGCCCUGCAUCGAGCCCAACAAGACAAGGAGAGCCUUGAUUCAGGACACUGAAACGCAUGGCCCCUUACUGGUCAUUCAAAACCGGGCACACACCGGCCGCAAUAGGGACUAUGCUCUGUUGAAGCAAGGCAUAGGGUAAAUGGGGGCUAUGGAACGGCAGCAACAGAGAGCCCUGCUGACUAUACUUCACCUACAAACUGA